AUGAGAAAUUUUUAUUGGCAUAAAUCAUUAGCUAUUGCAAAUUAUCUGAAUCAACCGGAAGUGCGUUUUGCAUUACACAUUCCGUCAACUAUUAGUAAAUGGAUUGCAUGCAAUCCAUCAGCAAAUCUUAUCAAUGAGCAACGAUCUUAUAACGAUACAACAAUACUUUUUCAACAAAUAUUAAAUUCCAAUUAUCCUUUAAAUAUUCUCAUUUAUGAUGGUGAUGCUUCAACCAGUUAUCAAUUCAUUGGAGAUGAAUGGUUUAUUGAAAAGAUAGCAAAAAUGUAUUCAAUGGUAACUGUUCAGGAACGAAUUCCAUGGAUUUAUCAUAAACAAAUUGCAGGCUAUCAAAAAAUAUUUAAAAUGUCAACAAAAAUAGAAAUAUCUGAAAAUAUCGAAGUAUUUAAGGGCAAACUUCAAUUUGUUAUCAUUAAGGGUGCUGGCCAAUUUAUUUCAUCUGAUCGACCAGGCCAAUUACUUCAAAUGUUGAAUAAUUUUUUGGAACAAAAUGACCUUUCAACUCCAAUACCUAUAAGUGUAAAGUUUAAACCAUUGAAAAAACAAUAUGAAAUAUUAGAACAGAUUGUAACUGAAAUUGAUUCAUCGUGUAGCGAUCAAAAUUUAUUCAUUGAUGAAAAAAUAGAUGCAAAUAAAUCUGAUGACAGUAUGCCAGGACAGACUUUUUGGUAUAAUUUAAAAACUGUAACUGGGCAUCUGGACGAUGGCCAAGGAAAUAAUCGUUUUUAUUGGUAUGAAAAUUUAAAAUUUAUCCUAGGCUAG